AUGGCUCAUCAGCGUUUGGUAACUGUAGUUGGAGCUACGGGUGCACAAGGAGGUGCCAUUGUACGAUCAUUGGUUGAAGCGAACAAAUACAAGAUUCGUGGUUUAACACGUGAUGCAACAAGUGAAAAAGCUCAGGCAGUUAAACGUUUAAGUGAUCAGAUUGAGAUGGUCUCAUGUGAUAUCAACAAGAGGGAUGAUGUUCAACGGGCAUUUAAAGAUUCAUGGGCUGUCUUUGCUUUAACAGACUUUUGGGCACAACCUGAUCAACCUGAGCUUGAAAUUCAACAGGGUAAACUAAUGGCAGAUGUUGCUGCUUCUCUUCAAAUUCCAUAUUACAUAUAUAGUGCUCUUGAAGACACUACGAAAUUGAGCAGUGAAAAAUAUUAUGUACCACACUUUGCAAACAAAGCUCAGGUACGUGAUUACAUCAAGGAAAAACAUCCAACGUUGAAAGCAAUCUAUGUCGAGCCCGGAUUUUAUAUGCAAAAUUGGUUAGGUUUUUUCAAAGCACAGAAAUCAGCUGAUGGUACGGUUGUUUUUGCAGCGCCCAUCAACGAAAAAACGAAAUUGCAUAUGGUGGACAUCGAAGAUACUGGUCCCGUUGUUCGUAAGAUUUUGGACGAUCCCGACAAAUAUGUUGGUCAAGAUAUUUGCAUUUGUGGUGAAGCUAUUCCAUUUGGCGAUAUUCCAAAAGUUUUCACUAAAGCUACUGGUGUUCCGGCUAUAUCAAAAACAUUGACGGAAGAAGAAUUUCGAUCGGGAGUUCACUACAUGCCGAAACCUGUACAAGAUGAAAUAUUUGCUAUGUUUCAAUGGUUCGACGAAUACGGCUAUUAUGGCAAAGAUAAAGAUUGGACAUCUGGACAAAAGUUAACAGCAUUAAAUACAUUCGAACAAUGGAUAAAAAAAACUGGCUGGAAAGGUUAA